AUGGACCCAGAACCAAACUUAACCACUAUCUUAAACCUCCCAACUCCUGGAGGGGGUUGCCCCCCGGUUGGGAUCUUAAACCUCACAACUCCUGGAGGGGGUUGCCCCCCGGUUGGGAUCUUAAACCUCACAACUCCUGGAGGGGGUUGCCCCCCGGUUGGGAUCCAGCUGGAAGGACUAAUCCUGCCCCCGAUGCUGAGCAUUGAUGUGAUUCUGGGACUGCUGGGGAACAUCGUAGCUCUGUGGAUCUUCUGCUUCAGAAUCAAGGCCUGGAACACCAACAACCUGUUCCUCUUUAACCUCGUCAUCGCUGAUUUCCUGGCUCUGGCCAGCCUACCGCUCAGGAUUGAUGCCUUGCUCAGAGGCUACUGGGUGUUUGGAGAUGGGAUCUGCCGGAUCAACCUGUUCCUGAUGUUCUCCAACCGAACGGCCAGCAUCGCCUUCAUGACGGUGGUGGCUGUUUACCGCUAUUUCAAGGUUGUCCACCCUCACCACUGCUUGGUGAUGACAAAGAGACGGGUGGUGUUGGUAACUGUGCUGCUCUGGUUGGUGGUUAUCUCACCUCGGGUUCCCAUGCUGGCCUUCAACCACAUCAAGGGCAGUGGAAACACGACUCAGUGCUUCUUCUUCACCUCCUACAAAGAGGCGUCCUCUGCCAUCAUCAUCCUGGUAGCCGUGCACCGCGUCCUGACGGUGCUGGAGUUCAUCCUGCCCAUGAUCCUGCUGCUGUUCUGCUCCAUCCAGAUCUACAGCUUCCUGAAGCAACACCAGACGAUGGGGAAACCCCACAAGCUGAGGAAGGCCAUGCGGAUGUGUGCCGUGAUCAUUGCGGUGUUCAUGGUGUGCUUCCUGCCCACCACGGUGACGACCGUCGGAGUGUGGGUGAUCCGCUCGUACCGGCCCUGGGACUGUAGCAGCUUCUACACCUUCACCCAGCUCACCAUCGUGUCCUUGGGUCUGAACUUCCUGAACUCGGCUCUGGACCCCGUCGUCUACGUCUUCUCCAGCUCCACCUUCAGGAAGGCCCUGCUGGCAGCGACGCCCCGCGCUCUGCUCUGCAGGAAGGAUGGAGAUCAGAACUCGGCCUCCAUGUCAACAACUCAGUCCACCAAUCAGCAGGAAAUGAGGUUCAUGAGAGAAGCAGCGUCUGACCCAUGA